AUGGAGAAAGGAGAUGACACAACAACCACUGACACACCAUACUUCAGGAGUGGACCAGUGACAGUCACAACAUCCCAUGAGAUUGAUGACAGCAUUCAAACGGCGCACUCACAAAUUCAUAGAAAUAUCGAUAAGUGGAUACAGAAUGGAUCAAACUGGCACAUCAAUCAUAUCGUCGGAUUUUACGUUGAUGUAGCAGCAUAUCAGCCAAUGAAAGGUAAAUCCUACAUUGAUUUACCGAACGAGCUCAAGAAAAUGAAGGCAAUCAUCAAUGUCAAGAAUAAGGAUGAUAAAUGUCUGAUGUGGGCACUGCUCUCAGCUCUGUAUCCAGCAAAGAAAAAUGGCUAUGACAGUCAUCAUCUCAUCGGAGCAAUCGGAAAGACAGAUGUUGAGACCGUCACAUACACGGAUAAGGAUGGUGUGUGUAAGAGUAAAACUGUGGGUGAGAUAUCAGUCAUUCCCAACAACACGGAGAAAUUCAUCUCAUUCACAUGGAGACAGUUCCGGUUCAUCGACAGCUGCCAGUUUCUCAAUGCGUCACUCGAUAGACUGGUGAAAACGACACCAGAUGACUCAUUCAUUUUCACCAAGACGUUGUCAAACCAUCAGCUGUUGAUGAGGAAAGGAGUAUACCCCUAUGAGUACAUGAACAGCUUCUCCAGGUUCGAUGAGACUCAGCUACCAGCACAGAGUAAGUUCUAUUCUUCACUGUCUGAUGAGGGUGUGAGUGACGAUGACUACAAACAUGCUGAGACAAUGUGGAUGAAAUUCGACUGUCAGACUCUUGGUGAUUAUCACGACUUGUAUCUCAAGACCGACGUGUUUCUCUUGGCUGACAUCUUUGAGAAUUUCAGAGUAGAAGCUGUCAGAACGUAUCAGCUGGAUCCAGCAAAUUACUACACUCUGCCUGGAUUUGCCUGGGAUGCUCUGUUGAUGUACUCAAGUGUGUCCUUGGAAUUACUAACAGACUAUGAUCAGCACUUGUUUGUAGAAUCAGGAAUGAGAGGCGGUGUGUCGAUGGUCUCACAACGAUAUGCUGCUGCUAAAAAUCACUAUCAGGAGAAAUUUGAUGCUGAUCAGCCAUCGUCAUUCAUCCAGUAUCUCGAUGCCAACAAUCUCUAUGGUUGGGCAAUGUCACAGCAUCUCCCAGUGUCUGAUUUUCGGUGGGAGAAACCAUCAGAGAAACUCCUGAACAAGAUACUGAACACUCAAGAUGAUUCCUCAUCGGGGUAUAUCGUCGAGUGUGAUCUGGUUUAUCCACACGAACUUCAUGAGGAGCACAACGAUUAUCCAGUUGCUCCGGAACGUCUUUCCGUCAAUGAAGACAUGCUAUCUCCAUACCAGCAGGAGCUUGUUGAUAAACUCAAUUCUUCCGGAGUAGAUGCUCUCAAACUUGUACCAAACUUGAAGGACAAGACAAAGUACGUUCUCCAUUACCGAAACUUGAAACUCUACACUCAGCUCGGACUACGUUGUGUCAAAAUUCAUCGUGCUCUGAAAUUUACUCAGACACCGUGGAUGAGAAACUACAUCGAGAAGAAUACAGACCUCCGGAAGAAGGCAAAGGGUGAUUUCUCUAAGGACUUCUAUAAACUGAUGAACAAUGCGGUGUUCGGGAAAACUAUGGAGAACGUUUGGAGGAGAGUCAACAUAAAACUGCUGAGAAGUCGUGAGGAGAAAAAAUCAAACAGCUUGUGGCCAAACCAACGUACAACCGCCAUGUGA